AUGGAUUCCUCCCUGCAUGAGGUUUGGCAAGCUGCUGCUGGCAGUCCAUUCCUCCCCGUCGUCGGCAAGCACAGCCAGUUUGUCGUUGGCUUUCUGCUGAUGCUCCUGGGCCUCUCCAUCACCGGCGUCUUUGCUCUGAAUCGAUCUCUCGUCCACCUGACAACCUUGGGCAUCCCGGCAUCGCUGGCUUUUGCCUUUGGGGUCAUCUACAUGUUCUGCGCUGUCGGGGUCUACAUCUAA